GCAGUCAGGACGAUGCAGAGAGCCGAGCGCAGACAGACGACCUGUAGAGCCUCCACACCAGGGAACAUAUGAGCGCCUGAGUCCAGAGACACAGAAAACACACAGAGAGAAUGGAGAGCUGCACACGUCAACACUAGCUGUUCUGUGAUUGGCUGAUUGCUGACAUCAGUAUCAAGAUGGCCCACCUCUUCCUCGCCAGUAAGAUCGCCAUGCCCGAUGACCUCCACAGCAAAGGUGGCUCCAGGAUCCCCAGGGGUGCCGUGAGGAUGCCAACACCCAUCUCUGCUGAGAAGCUGAGCCGGGAGAAGGCAAGGAAGGACUGCAGCAUGGUCGUGACAACCCACGUCCCGCACAUCAACGAGGUCCAGCUGACGGCGGCCACCGGCGGCGCAGAGAUGUCCUGCUACCGCUGCACAGUCCCAUUCGGCGUGGUUGUACUCAUUGCCGGCAUCGUGGUCACAGCGGUGGCGUAUACCUUCAACUCCCACGGGUCCACCAUCUCUGUGCUGGGGCUGGUGCUGCUGUCUGCUGGACUGGGCCUGCUGGGAUCCAGCGCCAUCUGCUGGAGGGUGCGACUGAGGAAGAAGAAGGACAAGCGAAGGGAGAGCCAGACGGCACUCAUGGCCAGCCAGGGAUACUGCGUGGCUUGAGCGGCAUCCAGUCCUGAGAGGAGUUCAGGUUUAAGUCACACAGUGGUGGUUCACAUGAUCAACUUCAGGGAGACAGUGAACAUGAACGCAUCGCACUUACAACACAAAGUUUAACAGAGACAUGAACUGAUGAACUUUGCUUAUCGUAAAGAGAUGGAGCUUGUACUCGCUGCAGGCGGUGAUGACUCUGAGGCUGACGCCUUGAAGGAAGAGAUGAUGGUCAAAGUGAAAGACGGGAAUUUGGACACAUGACCACCUGCAGGAUGAUUCAUUGCAGAGACUUCACACUCCAGACUGGGGGUGCUGGAUGACAGACAGGAGCUAAACUUUAGGAUGAGUUGAAUAAUCGAUUCUUCAGACAGUUUAUAGACUGAAAGUAUCGAUUCAUCCAAAAACAGUUGGCAGUUUAUUUGAUAAUAAAAAGGUUAGUUGUUGCCCCACAGAGCUCAUCCAUGAUGUACAGUAUCUCAACCUAAAAGCUGCUAAUAUGCUAUAAAAGACUUGUAACAAGGUACUCUGUUGUUGAUGUUUCUCUUUCUGACAGUUUCUUCAUCUCUGGUAAACUCCACUUGUGAUCUCAGCAGUUCGUACAUUUCUCGAAAAAAUUUGUUUCUCUGUCUCUGCCCCACUGCUGCUUUUCUACCGGGGAUAGUGCAAAGAAAAGCAGUUGUUUUUUCCUGCCAGGAUGGUGCCACCAAAAGGGGGUAUUUUGACCAAAAAUAUGAUCUUGUUCUAACCUUAAUCAAGUGGUUUUUGUGCCUAAACAUACCCACGUGUUAACCAUGGUGUUGUUGAAACAUAAGGUUUCAAUAUUUUUGCCUCAUAAUAACAUAUAAGUGUUAUCGUAUCCAUGGUUUUCAGAAACGUACAAUGCCAACAUUCAUUCUGGUGAUUGGACUGUACUUUCUGAGAGGGCAGAGGACAUCAUGAGAAUUGAGUGUCUCUUGAAUGAGUCCUAAAACCCAAAAAUGAGUUAGCAUUUUAGCUCUCCUGGUUCCGUAUCUCAAAGUCAAUGAGUUUUAUGUUAGAUGCUUUAAAUGAGGUCUGACUCAAGCUGAAGAGACUUUCAUGAUUUGUUCUAUGACAUAAAAUAUGUCAGUAAAUAUCCUUCUCAUGAACUCUGAAGCUUUUAGUUGUCUUAAGGCCGGAUCACACAGAAAGUGUUUUAGCAGAUGGAGGCGCCUAUUGUAAUUGUUUUUAAUGAGAGUAAAGCUUUUUGCUCACGGUUUUUGUGCUCUAGGUACCUGGCGUUUUUGCCAGAGCACUCUGAACUUACUCAAAGCGGAAAAACGCCCCAUGUCAUCUCUUAUACUCAUACCCAGAGCUAUACGGCCCAACAAUAGACAGCAGGUUGUCAAACUGCCCCUGAGUCAUCCUAAAAUAUGCCUGGAAACGUUCAUGAUGGAGGAGAAGCUCCUGGACCAACUGGUGGUACUCCCCAUGAUCCACCCUCUUUUUAGGGUCUCAUGUACCCACACAGAUCUCUGUUUAUCUGCUAACUACAGAAAAUGUUGUCCCUCAUUGCUGUAUAACAGGUCAUAAGAGUAAUGUUCUGAACUCUGAGCUCGCAAAUGGGUUUAAUCUCUGAUAUGCAUGCCACUUUGUAUGUGUAAACUAGUGCACUAUGAUCUAAGUGAUGAAAAAUAACCAAAUGUAUUCCACUGUAUUAAGAAGUUCACGUAGCUGUUUAACUGUUUAACUGAUGGUUAGCUUAUAACUCUCUUUUCCCAGUCUUAUUUAUUCAACAGACGUAUGAGUGAAAUAUAUUUGUUGUAUUAAACUCAAGAUUCA